UUCAAUUUGUACAUGUUGCCGUUCAAGUCAUGUUAUGCUUGUGUAGUUGAGUUUUUUAUACUGAAAGCGAAGAAAAGCGGGAUAAUUCUGGCGGCAUUGUGACAUAAUAGAAUGUCGACAGUAGAGGAUUUGUAUUAGUAAGUGAUUCGAAACUGAUUUUUACACUGAGUAUGUGAUUAUGGUUGUCAUGUUGUGGGUCACAUGAAACUAGUUCUUUUCUCAUGUUCAAAUAAAGAAGCCGGUUGCUACCGUAUUGUAAUUUCUUGGUAACUGUGUAGAAUGGAUAUAUGUGCAAAGCAACAAAUUGACUUGUCUUGUGAAGUUUCUUCCCCACAAUACUUCAAAAGUUCUUUUGCCAGAUCUAUGGCAAUUGACUGUAUGGACCGAAGUAAACCACUAGACAGUGCUUAUUUGGGCCAGUCAGCUGUCAGUGAGAAACAUGUCCUACACCAAACUGAAAGUGAAACAGUGUGGACUCCAUCAUCUGUGAGUUGUAAUAGAAAUUGUAAACCAAUGACAGAACUAGCAACAAUGUGCAAAGGAAAUAAACUGUUGAAGAAUUGGUGUGAUUUGCCUCAUAUGACAGCUCAGAAGAAGAAUAACAAGAUGAGAAACCAAAGCACUGAUGCUGCAAAGCUUUGGAAAACAGAACAGGAUGUAUCAAGUGACUUGGUUAAUCAGAAUGACAUAAACGGUAGUGGCCAUUUACAAAGUCCUGGCAGUUCCUGUACAGAUGUUCUUCGUCUUCGAAAGGAGUGUCAGAGUCUGCUAGAGGAAAAUAGACGCCUUCAGGCCACCUUGGACCUACGUUCAGUGCCUUUACUGAAUGGCCGAAGCUUGCAGGUGAUAGACAGUACCAUUCUGCAGUCCCGUGUUGACACGCUGCAGUGGCAACUCAAGCAGGCUGAAUCCAGUCGGCAGAUGUACCGAGCUGUGAUGGAGCAGGUUGUGAGGUUUCUGGAGCGAGCAUACAAGAAUCUUGACUUGAUUAAAAACAAAAUGGACCCUGGAGGAAGCUCAAACAAAUCAGAUCCUUCCAGAGUUCCUCGUUCUCGUAGUGUCCACACAGUGGAUGUUUCACCAAGCCGAGAAUGUCCAAAAUAUGAAACUCAACCUCAUUUCCCACGUGCUAAAAGCAUUGCACAGAUUGAGGCAUCUCCCAACUAUAGCACUUUCCGUGACUUCACCUGGCGCCGCCCAAGACAGACUCGUUCAGAUCCUGAUGAAGUUCCACCUGAUAAAUUGUCGCAGGAAGCAUUUCGCUUGCUUCGCACAAUACAGUCAUUGUUGAACACCAGAGAACCUGACCUUGUGCAGCGACUGUGUCCAGAACUUGAACGUGAGAUGGUACUUGACCAUGACUCUAGUGACAGCCACUGCAGUAGUCCUUCCUUGGCUAUACCUGGACCAGGCAACAAAAAUUUACAUACAGUAGUUUUCCAGAGUAGAAGCAAACAAAAACCAGAACCUGUUUCUCUUUCCACUGGUAGCUGCAGCUCACUUCUCCGGCAGUCACUUGAUGCCUCUUCUCUCCGUUCCAUUAACUAUAACACUAAUAACAGCUCCUUAACUAGUGGUCUUGAAUCUGCUUUUGCUGGAAGAUUCAGGACCACACCUCCAUCAUACACUUCUUCCCUUGGCCGUCCUCAGAAAUGCAAGGCACACAGCCCCCCUGUCCUGGAGUUAGGUUAUGAACCUAGAGACACCAUAAACAGCAGUCCACCAGUACCUCAACUUAGUGUAAGUUCAACUGAGGAUGAGAGUGGAUUCUCCUCAAUGAACUCCUUCCAAGAAGUAGGACUGCCAUUGAUAAAUCCAUCUAAAACACCAGCCUAUUCCAAACAGUCAUCUUCAUACAAUGAGACCCAUUAUCAGUCUAAGACUCAGAACUCCACAAGCCAGCCAGCAGGUUAUUGUGGUUCUGGGUGCCUGGAUCUAGGGUUACCAGUGGUUGACAUUCCAUCCAUCAGCAGUGACAGAAAUGGUACCACUCCGAUGCACAGGCGGUGCAGUUCAAGUCCAGCUGAAACUAUUUCACAAAAUUCAAAAAAUAAUGCUUCUUUCCAUGGUGCAGGAGAAAUGUUGAGGGUGCUGUGGGUCUGAAUGCCACUGAACGUAUAUUUUUUUGCCGUUUGCUGAUUUUAAAAUGUCUAUUUUGUCG